AAUAGUUAAUAUCUAUUUCAUCGUGCCGACUUCUAGGCCAUUCUCAAAUAAAACAUUGUAUACAAACCAUCUCCUGAAAACCUUCCCUCUUUGUGAAAAAAGCCAUGGAAGAGAAAUUAGAACAAGUCUCUCUAAGUUCAUUAUUCCAAGAGUUUCAUAUAUCGGAGAACGACGAAACUGCCCAUCUCCUUCAGUCAUGGGAGAGAUAUGUGGAAGAAGUAGAAGAGAUCAUAGGAUACAAAUUCAAGAAUCCUAAUUUGCUAUAUCAAGCUUUUACUCAUUCUUCUAUCCAAGAAAACUGCUGUGAGUCAUACGAAAGGCUUGAAUACGUGGGUGACUCUGUGCUAAAUUUGCUAAUAGCAAAAGAGCAUUACUUUCUUCACCCUGAUUUGCCUCCGGGAAAGUUGACGCGGCUGCGAGCCGCCAACGUAGAUACAGAAAAACUCGCAAGGGUAGCCGUCAAAUACGACUUUCAUAAGUAUUUACGCCACAAGAAACCUCUACUUAAGGGACAAGUGGAAGAAUUCAGAGAUGCAACUUUAGAGUAUCCUUUGCAUUCAACAGGCCUUAUUGAUCCCCCAAAGGUGCUGGCUGAUAUAGUUGAAUCCCUCAUUGGUGCCAUUUAUAUUGAUUGCAAUUUCUCCAUGGAUACAACUUGGCAGGUGCUUUGUUGCUUCACUUUGAAUGUUUACAUUUAUUUGUGGAUUAACAGUAUAGCUAGGGUGGUGUAGUAUUACGAAAGCGGAUGUACAUGUCCGUACUUACUCAACUUUAUACUACUUGCAUACAUACAUACAUACUGUUAUGUGCGCCUUUCUGAAAUGUCUCGGAAGGGUAACAUAAGGCAAAGCAACCUACUUCUGUGUCAUUACUUUGCGCCAACCGAAGGCCCCCUUUAUGCGCUAGACUAGAUUGUCAGUGCGGUGCGAAAAAGCCAAUGUCAAGAUCAUAAUUUGUAACGAGAGAAUUGAAUGAAAGCUUGCUUGUAUUUAUAGAGAACAAUGAUUACAAGAAAGCCAAUGUGGUGCAGGGAGGAGGAAACAUCAGUAAAGAGACUUGAUUUCUUGUAAACGACUAUACCUCCCUUAUAUAUGUCUUAAAAAUAAAAACCUAAUUUACGGGAGUAGACAUAAAAAAGCUAGAAAAUUAAAAUAAAAACACAAGUAAAACUAGUCUAUAUUUACAUGAAAAGGAACCUAACCUUAUACAAAGGGAAAACUGGUCCAAUAUGCGACACUUGUAGGGGUGGUGGCCUUGUGUGUUGCGCGAGGGGCAUGGGCGUAUGGGCAUUGGUAGCGGGGCAUAUACUUGUAGGCGCUAGCUGCGGGCAGACAUUGAGGGUGUUCUCUACUCACAGGCACUUGUGGGCAUUGCAUGCCGCUGGGCACGUGCGCGGGGGCGGGCACGGGCGCGAGCGCGGGCUACAUGUGGGCAACAUAGGCACAAACAUACUUCUGAUUUGCCGCAGCCAAGACCAUGGGGUCGUCCAUGACACUCGAUGCUAGGAGGUUUACCAGAGCCAAGGGGUCAUGGGGCAAGGAUGGAAAGCAGCCUAUGACAUUCUCCCCCAUCUUAUUUAGCGACAUCCUCGACGCCUUCCUCGCAAGAUAGUCAUCGAUAAAGUCCUUGAAGUCUUUGAGGUUUUUCAACCUCUCGCAUGUGUUCUCCUUGGCAUCACAUCCUCUCCAUUCACGAGGAACUCCUGAUGAUUUUUCCGUGAGGCAUGAAUCAUCUGGUCAUCAAGUAUAGCUUCGACAAUUUCUUCUCAGUUGAUUUGUUUUCUCGGAUACCAGGUAUAGUGAGCUGGUUUCUUGAGAGAGCAUCCUUGUCUUCCUGAUAAGGUUUUAGCAAACUAACAUGGAAAACAUGAUGGAUCUUCCACCAAGUUGGGAUAUCAAUAUGGUAUUCCACCUUCUCAUUGCGCUUCACAAUGAAGAGAUGUCCAAUGGAUUUUUGCAAUAGGCGAGAUCCCCACAAAUAGGUAUCGCUUUGGCAUUUUCACUAUUACUUUGUCCCAACUUGAUAUUCCACGAAGCGGCAGUUCUGAUUAACAUGCUUUUUUAUCCGCUUCUGGGCCUUCUCAAGAUAGCUCCACUCUAUCUCUAGGUUCUACUUCCAAUCCUUCUAGAACCUGACAGCUCUAGGAGAUUUUGACAUAUUUGGGGCAUCUGCUACGGGAGGAGUGGUUGUUGACUGGUAACAAUUUCAAAUGCUCUCUUGUUGUUACUCAAGCUCUUUUGGUAAUUGAAACACAAUUGAGAAACAUCCAACAGGUUCACCCAAUUCUUCUGCGAGCUAGUAACAAAGUGUCGAUGGUACUCCUCCAGCAUGCCAUUGAACCGUUCUGUCUGGCCAUCAAAUUGGGGAUGAAAACUCAAAUUGUGGCUCAACUUGGACCCGAGACAGUUGAAGAGCUUGGUCCAAAAGUUGCUACUAAAGCGAGAAUCGUGAUCACUAACAAUAUCUCUAGGCAGCCGCUAAUAUUUGACAAUAUGAGUAAAGAAGAGUCGAGAUGUCUCUUCAGAAGAUACAUACUUUGGGGCCACAAUAAAAGUAGCAUAUUUAGAAAAUCGAUUGACCAUGACAAGAAUAGUGGUGAAAUCUCUGACCUUGGGCAAGUCGGUAUUGAAAUCUUACGAGACACUCUUCCUAAGGCCUCUUCGGGAUAGGCAAGGGCUCCAGAAGCUCGCUUUGGUCAGGCGGUCAAUCUUGUCUUAAUGACACACCAAGCAAGUCCUCACAUAUUGAGCAACAUCAUUUUCCAUAUGGGGCCAAUAAUAAGCACGACACAGCAGCGCCAUGGUCCAUUCUUCUCUAAGAUCCCCCCUCCCCAAAAGAGUAUCGUGACACUCUUUCAGGAGGGUUUUCCGCAGAUCACCUCCCUUAGGAACAUAUAGGCGGUUCCCUUUUGCUCUAAGAAACCCAUCCUCCAUGUAGAACUAUCGAGUCUUGCCAUGAUUCGCAAAGCUGAUCAAAUACUAGGUAGUAAGGUCUUUGCUAAGCAGUUCACGUAUCUGAUCCUUUAUAAUGGUAGACAGUUCGCUUCCUUGAGAAUGGCGAGUAGGCACACCGAUGCUAAGUUUGCUCUCCAACUUAGUGCAUCAGCAACUUGGUUGGUCUUCCCACUUUGUACUCCAAAUUAAAGUUAAACUCGAUGAGAAGUUCCUGCCAUCUAGUAUGUCGUUGUUCAGCUUUGGCUAGGUCCUAAACUAACUGAUAGCCAUGUUGUCCAUCUUCACAAUGAACAAGGUCCCCAACAAGUAUUGCCUCUAAAGGCAGAGAUAAUCGAUGGCAACCAUUAACUCUUUCUCGUGUGCGUUAUAGCAUCGCUCAACAUCCUUCAGAUUUCAACUUUCGUAAGCAACGAGAUAGCCAUUGUGCAGCAGAACUCCGCCUAGGGCGUAAAUAUGAAGCAUUAGUCUGUACUUCAAAAAGACUGAUUAAAUCAAGAAGGGGCAAUACCAGAUUGCUGGACGUAGCCAUUUUCAAAGCAUCCUAGGCCUGCAGCUGCUUGAGAGACCAAUUCCAAGACGUGGCCUUCUUUAAGAGCUCUGUGAACGACACAUCAAUAUAUGAGGGAGUAGUUCCUCACGAACCGGUGAUAGAAGUUGCAUAGGCCAAGGAACACCUUUAAGGCAUGGAUAUCCUUGGGUGGCAGCUAGUCCAUCAUAGCCUAUACCUUCUACUGGUCCAUCUUAUUGAUCUGCCCCUCCUCAAUGACAUGACGAAGAAAAUCAAUCUACUUUUGGACAAAGGUGAAUUUAGAAAGCUUCACAUAUAACUUAUUCUCCCUUAGCCGAGCUAGGACCAUCAUCAAAUAAUCAAGGUGCUCCAACAAUGCCUUGAUAUAUACCACAAUAUCAUCCAGGUAGACUACUACAAACUCGUCUAUAUAUUCCCGGAAGACUUGGUUCAUCAAGAUGCAAAACAUUGCGAGAACAUUCAUCAAGCCAAACGGCAUGAUCAAGAAGUCAAAUUACACAUACUGUAUCACAUAAAUUAUUUGUGUUCAUCAGCCUCGAAAAUCACUUGCCAAUAUUCUAUCUUCAGAUCAAUCUUGGUAAACAUAGUUGCGCCUCCCAAUUGUUGCGGAAUCCAAAUGUAUAUAGUGUGAAUGUGUCACAACUACUAUACCAAAAAUUAUG